AUGAAAUGUGAACGAACCGACGGAAAGCAACAGGCAUUCGAUCAACUAGUGUGGCUGAAAAAGCGUUCAACUGCCCUGACACUCGAUGAAAGCAUGAGGGCUGGGAUAAUACCAGGUUUCUCAAGCCUAGACAGGGGAAUUCCAGAGGCAGAGGUAGAGUUUGAAUCACGGACAUUCUGA